AUGUCAAUUUCAAAACCAACAACGUGCAAAGAUGCGACUCGUCGUUGGGAAGAAGAGAAUAAAUGUGAUGCUGCAUCAGCGUUAGAAGUGGAUUUGAGUUUUCAAUGGCCCCCUGUAGAAAAAAUGGAUAAUUCUCUUUCACUAUUUUCAAAAUGUCGAAAAUUAUCACUCUCUACUAAUAUGAUUGAAAAAAUAGUUGGAAUAAGUUCUCUUAAAAAUUUAAAAAUAUUAUCGCUGGGACGAAAUGUUAUAAAAGGAUUUACCGGCCUUGAAGCACUUGCUGAUACCCUCGAAGAAUUAUGGAUUUCUUAUAAUUCUAUCGAAAAAAUGAAAGGUAUAGCAACUAUGAAGAAUUUGAAAGUACUUUACAUGUCAAAUAACUUAGUUAAAGAAUGGAUUGAGUUUAUGCGUCUUCAAGAAAUGAUGAAUCUACGUGAAUUAUUGUUUGUUGGAAAUCCGUUGUGUGAAGGUAUCGAGAUGGAUCUUUGGAGAAUUGAUGUUGCCAAGCGAUUGCCAAGUUUAGAGAAGUUAGAUGGUGAACCGUUAAUCAGAACGGAAGAUAGUUCUGUACAGCCAGCACAGGUGUUAGGAAAAGUAGAAACUUCAACUGUUGUAGAGAAGGAAUAA